AUGUCGACUUACCCGUUUCCUUACUCUCAAGCGGCACGACUUGAUCCCAGGAUCAAAAUACCGCGACCAGCCAUUGAUCCCGCACUCGCGCCCAUUCUUGACUCAUGCCUUCUACCAGAGGAACUGGACAUCGGUUUGAUGCGCAAUUAUUCAGCUAGCGAACAAGGAGAAACAGCUGCCAAUCCAUCAGAUUCCAUCAUUAACGGUGCGCCACAUCUCAAACAUAAAGAGUUUCUCGUUCCGGGGCCUCAGGGGGACAAUAGCUUGGUUCUAUCAGUAUUCAUGCCAAAGGAGCCAACUUCAGCCGCGCUACCAGCUUUAUACCACAUCCACGGAGGCGGCAUGGUUGCUGGUGACCGCUUUUCCGGCGUGGCAGAGCUGUUGGACAUUAUGAAAGGCAUCGAGUGUGUUUUCCUGUCCGUUGAGUACCGCCUUGCGCCAGAGACUCGCGCUCCGGGGCCAGCAGAAGAUUGCUAUGCCGGACUUGUCUGGGCAUCUGAGAACGCCGCUUCUAUUGGAAUCAACCCAGCGCAAAUUGUUAUUUUGGGGUCAUCCGGUGGAGGGGCUCUAGCUGCAGCAAUGUGUCUGAUGGCCCGGGACAGACAAGUUCCCAUGAUUCCCGUCAAAGGCCAGAUGUUACUGUCUCCCAUGUUGGAUGAUCGGUGCGACACCAUUUCCGACCAGCAAUUUGAGUACGGUAGUCCUUGGUGUGGUGUUUCCAAUCGGAUGGCAUGGGCGCAUGUCAUGGGACAAGACAGGGGGACAAACAAGACAACCCAAUAUCAGUCGCCGUCUAGAGCAACGGACCUGUCAAAUCUUCCGUCAACCUACAUCGAUGCUGCCGAGUGCGAGGUGUUCCGGGACCCAGCUGUUUCAUAUGCCAUGAAUAUGUGGCGUUGCGGAUCAACAUGUGAAUUGCAUGUUUGGCCAGGGGCCUUCCACUUAUUCGAUGGGAUUGAUAACCCUAGCGUGCCACUUAUCCAUGCUGCAGUUACAGCGAAACAGAACUGGCUUAAUAGAAUGUUCUCUUAG